UUUGUUUAACUCAAAAUAAAUAAAGAGGAGGGAGGAAAACCAGCCCUAAGCUGAAAGCACUGCGGGUCUGUGCACUUGAAGGUGCCACUCAGAGGUAAGAGAGUGGUCUCUGCUGUCCUCUUUGCAGUUGUCUGAGUCACCUGUGGAUUGAGUGACUAAUUCAUAAUAUCCUCAAGAUGUUUGUGUCAUAUUAAUAAUAAUUUCCACAGUUGGAAAUUAUAGUCAUGUAACAGAGACUAAAACAGAGAAACAUUCAUGUAUCUGUUUGUGUGUGGUUAUGUUAUAUAUAUAUAUAUAUAUUUUUUUUUUUUUUAAUUGUUUUCUGCAGUUGUGGCUCUCCUGUGCCUGUAGCUGGGAACAGCCAUGUCAGCUCAAAAGGACAGAUGGGUUUCUUCCUUGGUUUUCCUUCUCUUCUGUGCCUGCUCCAUCCCAAGGAGUAGAAGUGCCAGCCUGCAGCAGGAGCCGAGCCCCCAGCACUAUUUCAGUGGUUUGGAAGCUGGGAAAACAUCCCUGGCUUUUUUCACCCCCAGUGUUUCUCUUGGUACCCAGCCCUUCUUGGAGCAGAUUGAGAACUCAGCUGAGGCCCUCCAGGACUAUGGCAUUUCUGUGGUGAAGGUGAAUUGUCCCAAAGAGGAUGUCUCAAGGUAUUGUGGAAAAGAAAAUGCAUUAAGGAAAGCCUUCCUGUUCAGGGGACACCGACUGAUCCGAGAGUUCCCCACCGACGCCCUGUUCGGCGUGAACUCCAUCGUCGCCAAUGUUUUGUUUGCCCUGCUCUUUAAUGAAGUUAAAUAUGUCGAAACACUGGCAGAUUUUGAGAACGUUGAAAACGUGUUGAAAGGGAAGUCUAACAUGGUCUUCGCCUACGUGCCAGCUACUGGGACAGCAGAGCACAGAGCUGUGAUGGAGGCAGCUUUUGUCUAUGGGACCAUCCACCAGUUUGUCCUGACAACAGAGGCAGCACUGCUGAAAGCCAUCAGCCAUGAUGACCCCAAUGUCUCUUCUGCCUGGCUCUUGUUCUGCCACUGCCAGCGAGUCACAGACCCAGGCCAGCCCUGCAGGAGGACAGCCCUGGCACAGCCCCUGACCCUGCUCAACAUCCACAGGCACCUCAAGCUCAUGGGGGCUCCCUUGGUGACAGAGGUUGCUGAGGACCCAGAGAAGAUCUCCACUGUUCACUUGCAGCUUGGGCUGCCCCUGGUGUUCAUCCUGAGCCAGAAAGAGACCUAUGAGGCUGACAGGAGGACAGCAGAGUUUGUGGCCUGGCAGAUCUUGGGGAAAGCAGGAGUUGCCCUUUUGUCCAGGGACCUUGUACAUCUGAACGUUCUGCACCGGUCAAACGUCGCCCUCAAGACACCAGAUGAGGGAAUGCCAAUCCAAUACCUGGUCUUGGAAGACACUGAUGAAGUUAUAACCCUGGUGGAAGAUAAGAACAAGGUCAAACAAAUCCAGGAGGAUGAGCAGGAGGAGGAGGAAGAUGAGGAUGAGAAAGAGAAUAACAAUCAAGAUAUUCAGGAUGACCAGGUGGUGGAAGCAGUUUCCAGGGACAAGAAGAGAGAGCUGCCCCUGGAUCAGAUCCUUGUUCUGACAGAGGAGAACUUCCACUCUUCCCUCCCGGAGGCUGCCCAGACAAUUGUGCUGUUUUAUGCCAGCUGGGAAGCCGUGUCCCUGGCAGUGCUGCGCUCUUACUGUGAGGUGGCCUCUCACCUGAAGGGAACCCCAGGGGUUUUGCUGUCCCGGGUGAACUGCUGGGACUGGCCUGGCCUUUGCUCCCAGGAGAAUGUCACCCAGUUCCCCACCAUCAGGAUUUACAAGGAGGGACAGCAGUCAGUGACAUAUGGUGGCAUGUGGGGAGCUGAAGAGCUGAGAAGCUUCAUUCUGCUGAGCCAAGUUUCCUGCCCACUGAAGUUGGCCACGAUGGAUGAAGCAGAAGGAUAUUUAAGAGGAGAGUUUCCAUCUGAGCUCUCAUCCCACCACCACACCUCACUCCUGGGAGUUUUUAGCACAGCCACCAGCGAAGCCAGGGAAGCUUUUGAAGAGGCAGGAAAUAUCCUAAGUGGCCACGUAAGGAUGGGGAUGUAUUUUGAAGAUGAUGCCUUGGCUUUAUCCCAAAAAUACUCCGUGUCCCCCCCUGCCCUCCUCCUCGCCCGCAGCGGAGGCCGGAGCGUGGAAGGCAUCACUCUGUCCAAACACAGCGUGCAGGACAUGGUGCAGAUGAUCAGAUAUGAACUGCUGGACAUUUUUCCAGAAAUCACUGUGCCAAAUCUGCCCCGGUACUUACAGCUCGGAAAGCCCUUCCUCAUCCUGUUCAGUGCUGGUGACAUCAGUCAGGUGGAAAGCAAGGAAAUGCUGAAGCUGGCAAAAGGAAGACCCCAUCAGCAAUUUGUGGCUUGCUGGUUGAACCUGAAGAAGACUCCAGUGGGACACGGGAUCCUGAGGACGUAUUUUUCCACCACACCUUCCUUGCCUGUUCUCCUCUGGGUGAACCUCCAUGCUGGGGGUCAGGUAUUCAAGUUCCCAUCAGAGCAGCCCAUCACUGAGAUGAACAUCUUGUCGUGGCUGGAGAAGCUCCAAGCAGGACUGGAGAUUCCCAGCAGUACCUUGUCUGAUGAAGAUUGGAAGCCACCACUCCCUGCUUACGACUUCCUGCAGAUGAUGGAACAUCCUGUGCCUGAGCUGUCCCCCCACCCCGGGGACACCCUGGCACAGCACCCACCCAAAAGCCCUGGAGAGGACACUGCUGGAGGGGACACUGCCACCCGGGAAGAGCCAUCCCGGGAGAGCACGACAGAGGAAGUUGGUUCCCCUGGGAGGGACCUGCGAGGGACAGCCCCGAGGCUGGCAGCCAGGGACAAGCAGGGCAAGAGGCACAGCGAGCUCUGA